CGUGUAUAAAGAGCCGGCUCACUAUCGUAGAUGAUGACUGUUUAUCGUCUUUGUUAUUUGAUGCCAUCUGCAUGAUCCUUCUUCCUUCUUCCGUCUUCGUCUAUCCUGACGCCCCCCGAGGCUGGCCCGAUAAGACCGGCAGCUGGGGCUUAUCUUAUCGAUAAGCGCCGUGACCGGCGACGUCAUCGGCUGGUGGGCGCUGAAAUCGGUUUCCGGCCAGUCUGCGGGCUUGUUGGGUCCUGCUUCCUCUUCUCCCCUCCCCAAGCCUCUUCCCAUCUCCAGUCGUGCGUGUGACAAUCCGAGACGAUGGCUCCUGUGCCUGCCUCGCUGCUACGUGCCCUCGGCAUCCCGGAUGCCGCCAACGCCAGCCUGUCCACCGCUGGACUGGGGUCUGGCUUCACCAGCACCGGUGCCAUCCGAGCCACGGUGCCCAGCCCGGACGCAUCGGGGGAAGAGGAGCGACGAUACUUUGUCAAGACCUCUGCGGAUGGUGAGGCUGCGGAGGAGAUGUUCCGCGGGGAGUAUGAAUCGCUCAAUGCGAUCGCCACGUCGGUGCCGGGCUUCUGUCCCCGCGCCCUCGCCUGGGGCCCGCUGGAAGAAGGCUCGGGGACGAGCUUCUUUCUGGCCACCGAGUUCCUCGACCUCGGGGUGAGGGGCCGGGGCGGGGUGUCAUUGGCACAGCGACUGGGCAAGCUGCAUUCGACGCCUGCCCCCCCGGAUCCUGAGACGGGACGACGCCGGUUCGGAUUCCCUGUGCCGACGUUCUGCGGGGACACGAAACAGCCCAACCGGUACCGCGACUCGUGGGCCGAUUUUUACGCCCACGAGCGGCUGCUCGCCAUCCUGGAGACGUCGGAAAUCCGGAAUGGGCGCGAUGCGGGAUUGCGGGAUCUGGUGGAGCGGACGGCGCGGACGGUGGUCCCGGCGUUGCUGGGGGACGGACAUCUGGGCUACGAUCGGGAUGGCAAUGGGGAGGGCAUCACGCCUGUCGUGGUGCAUGGGGAUCUCUGGAGCGGGAAUGCGGAUCGCGGUCACAUUGUGGGCAGUGGUCGGAAGGAUGAUGAGGAGGCCGGAGACGUGGUCUACGAUCCGUCAGCAUGCUACGCGCACAGCGAGUAUGACCUGGGGAUCAUGCGGAUGUUUGGGGGAUUUGGGUCGGCGUUCUUCACCGCCUAUCACAAGAUCGUGCCGAAGACCGAGCCGGUGGAGGAGUAUGAGGACCGGGUGCGGUUGUACGAGCUGUAUCAUCAUCUGAAUCACCACGCGAUCUUUGGCGCUGGAUACCGAUCGGGGGCCGUGUCGAUUAUGCAGAAGUUACUGAGGAAGUAUGGGGAUUAAUUCAUCCAUGCUGGACUACGGACGGGGGAUGCUAGAAUGACUUGGAUGUCAGCUACGUCUGGUUGAAUGCUCGUUUCUAGGCGACUACCUAUGAUUGGAAUUGCAAUUGAUCUGUUUCCUUCUCUC